AUGGCAACUUGGUGGAACUCGAAAACUCAGCUAAGGUUGGAUAUGGCAGUUUGUACUCCUGCAUGGUUUGAUCUUUUUGGUCACUCAAAACUAUUGUAUCUACAGUCAUCAGAUUCUGAUCAUGUUCCUAUCCUUUUUAGGGCAAGUACGAUCUCUAUUGCGUCCAAAACUAAGUUUCAUCGCUUCAAGUUUGAGACGUUCUGGGUGCAGCAUCCUGAGUGUGCUGGAGUGGUGUCAAAGGAUUGGAGGGCAGAUAUCACUGGCACACCUAUGUUCUAUGUAACAAAGAAGAUUGCUCACACCCGUAGACAGUUGGAUAAGUGGCAAAAGCAGGUAUUUAGAAUUAGGCAACUCCAGAUGUUGGGGAUACAGACUAGGUUGGAUGAGCUUUUGGAUGUGUCCAUUUCUGAGGUUGUGCAGCAAGAGAAACAGGAGCUGAUGGGUAGACUGCAUACUUUGUUGUACCAAGAAGAAUCCUUUUGGAGGUGGAGGUUCAAAGUUACAUGGCUUAAGAAGGGGGAUCGAGACACUGGAUUCUUUCAUUGGAAGGCUCAGAAUAGAAGAAGGAAGAAUAGGCUGCAAGGGCUUUUUGAUGAGAAUGGUUAG